AUGAACAGCAGUGAGCGUGUUCGCAUCGUACACCUACAACCAAACCCUAACCCUACACCCUACACCUAGCUACACCUACACCCUACACCCUACACCCUACACCACUACACCCUACACCCUACACCCUACACACACCUACAACCCUACACCCUCCCACUAACACCCUACACCCUACACCCUACACCCUACACCCCUACACCUACACCACCUACCACUACACCCUCCACACCUACACCCUACACCCUACACCCUACACCUACACACUACACCUACAACUACACCCUACAGCCUACACACUACACACACCCUACACACUACACACUACACCCUACUACAACCCUACACCCUACACCCUACACCCUACAACCCUACACCCUACACCUACACCUACACCCUACACCCUACACACCUACACCUACACCUACACACCUACACCACACCCUACACACCUACAACAACCUACACCCACACACACUACACACCAGCUACACUAACCCUACACCCUACACCUACACCCUACACCCUACACCCUACACCUACACCUACACACCUACAUACACCUACACACCUACACCCUACACACACCACCCUACAAUACACCACACCACUACCCCUACAACCUACACCCUACACCCUACACCCUACACACCCUACACCCUACACCCUACACUCCUACAACCUACACCCUACACACACACUACACCCUACACCCUACACCCUACACACUACCAACCCUACACCCUACACCUACACCACACCUAACCCUACACACAGCCUACACCCUAACCAACAUACACACUACACCCUACCGCCUACACUACACCCUACACCUACACACACCUAAACCCUACACCUACCUACACUGACACCACUCACCCUACACCCUACACCUACACCCUAACCCUACACUACACCCUACACCUACACAACCACCCUACACCACCCACCCUACACCACACACCUACACCCUACACCCUACACCUGCCUACACCCUACACCUACACCCUACACCACACCUCACACACCCUACACCCUACACACUACACCCUACACCUACACACUACACCCUACACCCUACACCACUACACCCUACACCCUACACAACUACACCCUACACCUACACCCACUACACCCUACACCUACACCCUACACCCUACACCUACACCACCUACACACACACCUACACCCUACACACCUACACCCUACCACUACACCCUACACCACUACACCCUAACCACACACCUACACCUACACCUCCACCCACACCACCCUACACCUACACCCACCUACCUACACCACCACUACACCCUACACCUCACCGCACCUACACCACUACACCCUACACCUACACACACCUACACCCUAACCCACCUACACCCCUACACCUACCCCUACAACAAACCCUACCACAACCUACACCACCUACACCUACACCUACACCCUACACCCUACACCCUACACCUACACCCUACACACUACACCUACACCCUACACCUACCCUACCACUACACCUACACCCUACACCUACACCACCCUACACCCCAACACUACACCCACCACUACACCCUACACACUACACCACCACCCUACACCCUACCACACCCUACACCCUACACCCUACACCUACACCCUACACCCUACACCCUACACCUACACCUACACACUACACCUACACAUACACCCACUAACCCUACACACUACACCUAAACACCCGACACCCUACACCUACACCUCAACACCUACACACUACACCCUACACACCACACCCUACACCCACACCUACACCCUACCCAACACCCACACACACUCCACCCUACCACACUAAAACCAACCUACACCUACACACUACACCUCAACACCCACAAAAAAACACACCCUACAACACCCCUACACCCAACACCCUCACCAACACCACACCACACCCUCCACACAGCCCCUACAACACACCCUACACCCUACACACUACACCCCUACACACAACCCUACACCUACACCCUAACACACUACACCCUACACCAAACAAACCCUACACACCAACCUACACCCUACACACACCACACACCUACCACACCUACACCCACACCCUACACACUACACCCUACACUACACCCUACACUACACCCUACACCCUACACCCACACCACACUACACCCUACCCUACACCCUACACUACACCCUACACUACAACUACAACCCUACACACUACACCCCUACCACCCUACAACCACCCCACCCACAAUACCACCCUACACCCUACACAACUUACACACACCUACCACACACACACUAACACCCUAACACCUACACCCUACACACACACCCACACACACACACACACACCCUACACCCACACCUAAACCCUACAACACACCCUACACCUACACCCGACAGACACACCACAGCACCCAACACAAAAAACACAACCCCCCUACCCCUACCAACACCCUACACCUACACACACACCCUAAAACACUACACCCUCCCACCCACAGCCUACACACCCCCUACACCCUACACCAAACACCCUACACCCUACAGCCUACCUUACUACACCCUACAACACUACACCCUACACACUACACACUACACCCUACAGCCUACAUACUACACCCUACACACUACACCCUACAGCCUACACUUACACCCUACAGCCUACAUACUACACCCUACACACUACACCCUACACACUACACACUACACCCUACAGCCUACAUACUACACCCUACACACUACACCCUACAGCCUACAGCCUACACCCUACACCCUACAGCCUACACCCUACACCCUACACCCUACAAACUACAUGUAGCUCAGUUGGUAGAGCAUGGCGUUUGCAACGCCAGGGUUGUGGGUUCGAUUCCCACGGGGGGCCAGUGUGAAAAAUAAAAAUGUAUGCACUCACUAACUGUAAGUCGCUCUGGAUAAGAGCGUCUGCUAAAUGACUAAAAUGUAAUAAACUGAACAAGUUCCACAGACAUGUGACUAACAGAAAUGGAAUAAUGUGUCCCUGAACAAAGGGGGGGUCAAAAUCUAAAAGUAACAGUCAGUAUCUGGUGUUGCCACCAGCUGCAUUAAGUACUGCAGUGAUUCUCCUCCUCAUGGACUGCACCAGAUCUGCCAGUUCUUGCUGUGAGAUGUUACCCCACUCUUCCACCAAGGCACCUGCAAAUUCCCGAAAAUUUCUGGGGGGGAUGGCCCUAUCCCUCACCCUCCGAUCCAACAGGUCCCAGACAUGCUCAAUGGGAUUGAGAUCCGGGCUCUUCGCUGGCCAUGGCAGAACACUGACAUUCCUGUCUUGCAGGAAAACAAGCACAGAACGAGCAGUAUGGCUGGUGGCAUUGUCAUGCUGGAGGGUCAUGUCAGGAUGAGCCUGCAGGAAGGGUACCACAUGGAUGUCUUUCCUGUAACGCACAGCGUUGAGAUUGCCUGCAAUGACAACAAGAUCAGUCCGAUGAUGCUGUGACACACCGCCCUAGACCAUGACGGACCCUCCACCUCCAAAUCGAUCCCGCUCCAGAGUACAGGCCUCGGUGUAACUCUCAUUCCUUCGACGAUAAACACAAAUCCGACCAUCACCCCUUGUGAGACACCGAUCCUGUGCAGGUGUUGUUACAUGUGGUCUGCCACUGCGAGGACGAUCAGCUGUCCGUCCUGUCUCCCUGUAGCACUGUCACAGUACAGACAUUGCAAUUUAUUGCCCUGGCCACAUCUGCUGUCCUCAUGCCUCCUUGCAGCAUGCCUAAGGCACGUUCACGCAGAUGAGCAGGGACCCUUGGCAUCUUUCUUUUGGUGUUUUUCAGAUUCAGUAGAAAGGCCUCUUUAGUGUCCUAAGUUUUCAUAACUGUGACCUUAAUUUCCUACCGUCUGUAAGCUGUUAGUGUCUUAACGACCGUUCCACAGGUGCAUGUUCAUUAAUUGUUUAUGGUUCAUUGAACAAGCAUGGGAAACAGUGUUUAAACCCUUUACAAUGAAGAUCUGUGAAGUUAUUUGGAUUUUUAAGAAUUAUCUUUGAGAGACAGGGUCCUGAAAAAGGGACGUUUAUUUUUUUGCUGAGUUUACCUAUACACUACACCUGUCUCUCUCUCUCUAUAUGUAUAAUUUAUAUAUAUAUGCACUGUAUAUCAUUAUAUACCCUACACCCUGUACCGUUUACAAUGUGUGUGUGUGUGUGUGUGUGUGUGUGUGUGUGUGUGUGUGUGUGUGUGUGUGUGUGUGUGUGUGAAGACUGUGCAGACCCAGACAGUGAUCUGAGUAGGGGUGUGAGCCUGGUUCCGUACAGCCUGGUCUCCCCCCAGCGGGUCCAGAGGAAGAGGCCGGUUCUGAUCAGUCCAACCAGUCUGGCCCGGACCAUUAUACAGAAGAUACUCAACAUGGGGGGAGCCAUGGACUUCAACAUCUGCAAACCAGGUUGGGUUGUGUGUGUGUGUGUGUGUGUGUGUUUGUGUUUAAAAUGAUUUUGUUAUAUUAUAUUAUAUUAAAGGUAAUGUAUUGCAGACGUCCUAACGAAAGAAGAGUUCCUAAUGAGACAGAGGCUUGAACCCAUCAUCUCCUCCAGAGAGAAACACACGAACACCUACGAGGUUGUCUCUCCUGAGAACAUAGAGGCCGUUGCUGCAAAGGUACAUACUAUUUUACAUCUUGACUGAUUUAUUUUUUAUAGAACCUUUAUUUUAGCAGGGAGUCCCAUGGAGACCAAGGCCUCUUUUCCAAUGCAACGUCAUAAAACCAGACAAUAUUACAAGCAAUUUAAGAAUCAAACACAUUCCUCAACAAUUUUUUUUUACUUGAGAAAUACUGCACCAAACACCUUACUUAGAUGUAAAAUUGCGCAACUAAAACAUUCUUGGCAAAAACUUCAAUAUUAAUUAUAGAUUUCUUAAGUUAUCUUAGAUACAUUCUGGGAAUUUUGAGUGAAAUAGGCUUCUGCAUCUACAGUAUCUCAUGGGGGACAAACAUCAUUAACCAAACGCAGAAUCGGUCAGGAAACACACCUCCAAGACUGAAAUCUCGUUUUUUUCGAAUGAACAACAGAAAAACACGUGCCAAUCGGGUGUUCAGUAGUUUAACAACUUGAACUGCCCUGGAGGCACCUGAGCAUCAAGGUGCAGAGAGCUCUGCAAUAACAUCUGCUAAACAAGUGAUUGCGACCAAUAACAUUUUAUUUUAUUGUAUUUCAUUUAAUUGUAUCAUUCCAUACACGGGUGAAAGCAGAUUUCCCUAAUUCUGUAGUUACCCAUCCCUGUGAUCAGGUCAGGUGACUCGUAUGUCACUAAUUUAACUAAGAAGUAAGGUAUGAAGGAAGUUUGCUUUAUAAACAAAACAAUAGAAUCAAGUAAAAUCUCAUUUUAUUUGUCACGUGCCGAAUACAACAAGUGUAGACUUUACCAUUAAAUGCUUACUUAUGAGCCCUUUCCCACAAUGCAGUUCAAAAGUACGAACAUGUAUAAAUAGAUACAAAGAAAACAGUAACACAAUAAAAUAAAGAUAACGAGGCUAUAUACAGGCUAUAUACAGCUAUAUACAGCUAUAUACAGGCUAUAUACAGGCUAUAUACAGGCUAUAUACAGGCUAUAUACAGGCUAUAUACAGCUAUAUACAGGCUAUAUACAGCUAUAUACAGCUAUAUACAGGCUAUAUACAGGCUAUAUACAGGCUAUAUACAGCUAUAUACAGCUAUAUACAGGCUAUAUACAGGCUAUAUAACAGGCUAUAUACAGCUAUAUACAGCUUAUACAGCUAUAUAAAGGCUAUAAUACAGCUAUAUACAGGCUAUAUACAGGCUAUAUACAGCUAUAUACAGGCAUAUAUACAGGCUAUAUACAGCUAAAGCUAUAUACAGGCUAUAUACAGGCUAUAUUACAGGCUAUAUACAGCUAUAUACAGGCUAAUACAGGCUAUAUACAGCUAUAUACAGGCUAUAUACAGGCUAUAUACAGCUAUAUACAGGCUAUAUACAGCUAUAUACAGCUAUAUACAGGCUAUAUACAGCUAUAUACAGGCUAUAUACAGCUAUAUACAGGCUAUAUACAGGCUAUAUACAGGCUAUAUACAGGCUAUAUACAGGCUAUAUACAGGCUAUAUACAGGCUAUAUACAGCUAUAUACAGCUAUAUACAGGCUAUAUACAGGCUAUAUACAGGCUAUAUACAGGCUAUAUACAGCUAUAUACAGGCUAUAUACAGGCUAUAUACAGGCUAUAUACAGGCUAUAUACAGGCUAUAUACAGCUAUAUACAGGCUAUAUACAGGCUAUAUACAGGCUAUAUACAGGCUAUAUACAGGCUAUAUACAGGCUAUAUACAGGCUAUAUACAGGCUAUAUACAGCUAUAUACAGGCUAUAUACAGGCUAUAUACAGGCUAUAUACAGGCUAUAUACAGGCUAUAUACAGCUAUAUACAGGCUAUAUACAGGCUAUAUACAGGCUAUAUACAGUCUAUAUACAGGCUAUAUACAGGCUAUAUACAGGCUAUAUACAGCUAUAUACAGCUAUAUACAGGCUAUAUACAGGCUAUAUACAGCUAUAUACAGGCUAUAUACAGGCUAUAUACAGGCUAUAUACAGGCUAUAUACAGGCUAUAUACAGGCUAUAUACAGGCUAUAUACAGGCUAUAUACAGGCUAAUAUACAGGCUUAUACAGCUAUAUACAGGCUAUAUACAGUCUAUAUACAGGCUAUAUACAGGCUAUAUACAGGCUAUAUACAGGCUAUAUACAGUCUAUAUACAGGCUAUAUACAGGCUAUGACAGGCUAUAUACGGUAUAUACAGGCUAUAUACAGCUAUAUACAGGCUAUAUACAGCUAUAUACAGCUAUAUACAGGCUAUAUAACAGGCUAUAUACAGGCUAUAUACAGGCUAUUACAGCUAUAUAACAGACUGUACUGGGAUUUCAGGUAUAUGACAGGCUAUAUACAGUGUAUUAAGUGCUAUAUACAGGCAUAUACAGUAUAAACAGGCUCUUAGGUUAUACAGGCUAUUACAGGCUAUAUAGUAUACAGCUGUAGACUGGUGUUGUACCAGGCCUGAUACAGGUAGUAGGUAACGACGUCUGUUUACGGUACUGGACAGGUAGUUGAGGAACGACUUGACUUGGUAUUCGGUACAGCUAGGUUACGGUAGUAGAGAGAAAGACUGUGACAUGUGGUUAUGUACGCACAGUAAGAGAACAGCUGUGUACUUGGUUUACUGUUACAGUCUAUAGGUUAGUAAGGAACCUACUGUACGUUGGUGUUCGGUACCGCCUGCCUACGUGUAGAGAGAGAACAGACUGUGACUUGGUGUUCCGGUACCGCCUGCCGUACAGUAGUAGAGAGAACAGACUGUGACUUGGUGUUCCGGUACCGCCUGCCGUACGGUAGUAGAGAGAACAGACUGUGACUUGGUGUUCCGGUACCGCCUGCCGUACAGUAGUAGAGAGAACAGACUGUGACUUGGUGUUCCGGUACCGCCUGCCGUACAGUAGUAGAGAGAACAGACUGUGACUUGGUGUUCCGGUACCGCUGCCGUCAGUAGUAGAGAGAACAGACUGUGACUUGGUGUUCGGUACCGCCUGCGUACAGUAGUAGAGAGAACAGACUGUGACUUGGUGUUCCGGUACCGCCUGCCGUACAGUAGUAGAGAGAACAGACUGUGACUUGGUGUUCUGAUGUACCGCUGCCGUACAGUAGUAGAGAGAACAGACUGUGACUUGGUGUUCCGGUACCGCCUGCUGUACGGUAGUAAAGAGAACAGACUGUGACUUGGUGUUCCGGUACCGCCUGCCGUACAGUAGUAGAGAGAACAGACUGCGACUUGGGUGGCUGGAGUCUUUGACAAUUGUAGGGCCUUCCUCUGACACCGCCUGGUAUAGAGCUCCUGGAUGUAAGGGAGCUCGGCCCCAGUGAUGCACUGGGCCAUACGCACUACCCUCUGUAGCGCCUUGUGGUCGGAUGCUGUGCAGUUUUCAUACCAAGCGGUUAUGCAGCCAGUCAAGAUGGUCUCAGCAUAUCAUGGCUACAGAUGUGUGUGCUACGGAGCGAUAGUAAUUUAGACAGGUUACCCUGGCGUUCUUGGGCACGGGGUCUGUGGUGGUCUGCUUGAAACCUGUAGGUACUACAGACUGGCUCAGGGAGAGGUUGAAAAUGUCAGUGAAGACACUUGCCAGCUGGUCAGCGCAUGCUCUGAGUAAACGUCCUGUGAAUGUUGACCUGUUUAAAGUUCUUACUCACAUUGGCUACGGAGAGCAUGAUCAAACAGUCAUCUGGAACAGCUGGUGCUCUCAUGCAUUGUUCCAUGUUGCUUGCCUCGAAGCGAGCAUAGAAGGCAUUUAGCUCAUCUGGUAGGCUCGCAUCACUGGUCAACUCGCGGCUGGGUUUUCCUUUGCAAUCCAUGAUCAAUCAAUCAAUCAAUCAAAAUCAAUCCAAUUUUAUUUAUAAAGACCUUUUUACAUCAGCAGAUGUCACAAAGUGCUAUACAGAAACCCAGCCUAAAACCCCAAACAGCAGCAAUGCAGAUGUAGAAGCACGGUGGCUAGGAAAAACUCCCUAGAAAGGCAGGAACCUAGGAAGAAACCUAGAGAGGAACCAGGCUCUGAGGGGUGGCCAGUCCCCUUCUGGCUGUGCAGGGUGGAGAUUAUAACAGUACAUGGCCAUAAAGGCCAGAUUAUUCUCCAAAAUGUUCAAACGUUCAUAGAUGACCAGCAGGGUCAAAUAAUAAUCACAGUGGUUGUAGAGGUUGCAACAGGUCAGUACAUCAGGAGUAAGUACAUUUCACUUGGCUUUUCAUAGCCAGGCAAUUAGAGGUUGAAAUAGCAGGUGCGGUAGAGAGAGAGUUGAAAACAGCAGGUCUGGGACAAGGUAGCACGUCCGGUGAACAGGUCAGAAGAGUGGAAACUGGAGCAGCAGCAUGACCAGGUGGACUGGGGACAGCAAGGAGUCAUCAAGCCAGGUAGUCCUGAGGCAUGGUCCUAGGGUUCAGGUCCUCCGGGAGGGGAGGGAGAGAGAGAGAGGGAGAGAAAGAGAGAAAAUUAGAUAUGGCCUUAGUUUGCCAACCCUGCCACAUCCGAUGAGCGUCAGAGCCGGUGUAAUAGGAUUUGAUUUUAGUCCUGUAUUGACGCUUUGUCUUUUUGAUGGUUCGUCGGAAGGCGUAGCAGGAUUUCUUAUAAGCGUCCGGAUUUGUGUCCGCUCCUUGAAAGCGGCAGCUCUAGCCUAUAAUCCAUGGCUUCUGGUUGGGAUAUGUACAGUACGUAUGGUCACUGUGGGGACUACAUUGUUGAUGCACGUAUUAAUUAAGCCGGUGACUGAUGUGGUAAACUCCUCAAUGCCAUCAGAUGAAUCCCGGAUCAUAUUCCAGUCUGUGCUAGAGAAACAGUCCUGUAGCUUAGCAUCCACUUCAUGGGACCACUUCCGUAUUUAGCACAUCACUGGUACUUCCUGUUUGAGUUUUUGCUUGUAAACAGGAAUUAAGAGGAUGGAGUUAUGGUCAGAUUUGCCAAAUGGAGGGCGAGGGAGAGCGUUGUUUGUUUCUCUGUGUGUAGAGUUGAGGUGAUCUAAAGUUUUUUCUUGUCUAGUUGCACAGGAGACAUACUGGUAAAAAUGAGGUAAAACGGAUUUCUGUUUCCCUGCCUUACAAUCCCCGGCCACUAGGAGCGCCGCAUCUGGGUGAGCAUUUUCUUGUUUGCUUAUGUUCUUAUACAGCUCAUUGAGUGCGGUCUUAGUGCCAGCAUUGGUUUGUGGUGGUAAGUAGAUGGCUAUGAAAAAUAUAGAUAAAAACUAUCUUGGUAAAUAGUAUGGUGUACAGCUUAUCAUGAGGUACUGUACCUCAGGAGAGAAAAACCUCAAGACUUAUUUAAUAUUAGAGACUGCGCACCCCUUAGCUGUUCUGUUCUAGAUUUAUAUUUACCAUGUCCUUGUUCAGCCACGACUCAGUGAAACAUUUUUUACAGUUCUUCAGAUCACGUUGGUAGUCUCUAACGGAACUCAUCCAGUUUUACUCUCCAGUGACUGGUAGGAUAGUCUCUAACGGAACUCAUCCAGUUUGUUCUCCAGAGGGAAUAGGGAAUCCAGUUUUUCCCCCAUAUGUGGGUAUCUUAAGGGGAGUCAUCCAGUUUUUUCCAGUGAUUGAUAGGAAGUCUUAACGGAGCCAUCCUUUAUUCCCGUGAUUGAUGGGUUUGUUCUAACGGAGCUCAUCCAGUUUUUUUCCCCCGUGUUUAAAGGGAUGUCUCAAGGGAGGUCAUCCGUUUAUUCUCCAGUGAUGAUGGGAAUUUUUAACGGAGCUCAUCAUUUUCUCCAGUGAUUGUAGGUAUCUCAAACGGGCCAUCCAGUUUAUUCCCCAGGUUGUAGGAUAGUCUCUAAGGGGCCUCCCCGUUUAUUCCCAGUUUUUUGAUGGAUUGCUCAAACGGGCUCAUCCAGUUUUCCCCAGGUUAUAGGAUAGCUCUAACAGAGGUCAUCCAUUUUAUUCUCCAUUUUGUAGGAUAGUCUCUAACGGAGGUCAUCCAGUUUAUUCUCCAGUGAUUGCACGUUCACCAUCAUAACUGUGAUGGGUGAGUUGAAGGAGUCAGGUGCAGGAGGGUAAAUCACAGAAUAACAGGAUUUAUUCAGGAAAACAGAGUUACGCAGUAAUGUGUCAAACAGUCCUUAAGAGAGCCAGCCUACUUUCUGAUACAGAAUGCAGUGAUGUGUACUGAACCUCUCGCCCAUAAUAAAUCCUAGUGUGCUAUGAUAAACUAUGUCCAAUGGCUUCAAUACAGUGGCAGCUGCAUUUAUAUAGACAAUAUCGCCACAGUCUAAAGCCGGAAUGAAUGUCGACUGAAUGAUACAGUGGGGAAAAAAAGUAUUUAGUCAGCCACCAAUUGUGCAAGUUCUCCCACUUAAAAAGAUGAGAGAGGCCUGUAAUUUUCAUCAUAGGUACACGUCAACUAUGACAGACAAAAUGAGAAAAAAAAAUCCAGAAAAUCACAUUGUAGGAUUUGUAAUGAAUUUAUUUGCAAAUUAUGGUGGAAAAUAAGUAUUUGGUCAAUAACAAAAGUUUCUCAAUACUUUGUUAUAUACCCUUUGUUGGCAAUGACACAGGUCAAACGUUUUCUGUUAGUCUUCACAAGGUUUUCACACACUGUUGCUGGUAUUUUGGCCCAGUCCUCCAUGCAGAUCUCCUCUAGAGCAGUGAUGUUUUGGGGCUGUCGCUGGGCAAUACGGACUUUCAACUCCGUCCAAAGAUUUUCUAUGGGGUUGAGAUCUGGAGACUGGCUAGGCCACUCCAGGACCUUGAAAUGGUUCUUACGAAGCCACUCCUUCGUUGCCCGGGCGGUGUGUUUGGGAUCAUUGUCAUGCUGAAAGACCCAGCCACGUUUCAUCUUGAAUGCCCUUGCUGAUGGAAGGAGGUUUUCACUCAAAAUCUCACGAUACAUGGCCCCAUUCAUUCUUUCCUUUACACGGAUCAGUCGUCCUGGUCCCUUUGCAGAAAAACAGCCCCAAAGCAUGAUGUUUCCACCCCCAUGCUUCACAGUAGGUAUGGUGUUCUUUGGAUGCAACUCAGUAUUCUUUGUCCUCCAAACACGACGAGUUGAGUUUUUACCAAAAAGUUAUAUUUUGGUUUCAUCUGACCAUAUGACAUUCUCCCAAUCCUCUUCUGGAUCAUCCAAAUGCACUCUAGCAAACUUCAGACGGGCCUGGACAUCUACUGGCUUAAGCAGGGGGACACGUCUGGCACUGCAGCAUUUGAGUCCCUGGCGGCGUAGUGUGUUACUGAUGGUAGGCUUUGUUACUUUGGUCCCAGCUCUCUGCAGGUCAUUCACUAGGUCCCCCCGUGUGAUUCUGGGAUUUUUGCUCACCGUUCUUGUGAUCAUUUUGACCCUACGGGGUGAGAUCUUGCGUGGAGCCCCAGAUCGAGGGAGAUUAUCAGUGGUCUUGUAUGUCUUCCAUUUCCUAAUAAUUGCUCCCACAGUUGAUUUCUUCAAACCAAGCUGCUUACCUAUUGCAGAUUCAGUCUUCCCAGCCUGGUGCAGGUCUACAAUUUUGUUUCUGGUGUCCUUUGACAGCUCUUUGGUCUUGGCCAUAGUGGAGUUUGGAGUGUGACUGUUUGAGGUUGUGGACAGGUGUCUUUUAUACUGAUAACAAGAUCAAACAGGUGCCAUUAAUACAGGUAACGAGUGGAGGACAGAGGGGCCUCUUAAAGAAGAAGUUACAGGUCUGUGAGAGCCAGAAAUCUUGCUUGUUUGUAGGUGACCAAAUACUUAUUUUCCACCAUAAUUUGCAAAUAAAUUCAUUACAAAUCCUACAAUGUGAUUUUCUGGAUUUUUUUUCCUCAAUUUGUCUGUCAUAGUUGACGUGUACCUAUGAUGAAAAUUACAGGCCUCUCUCAUCUUUUUAAGUGGGAGAACUUGCACAAUUGGUGGCUGACUAAAUACCUUUUUUCCCCACUGUAUGUUUUCUGCUAUUUACGGAAAGACUUGUCCUAUUCCUAUAAAAGAAGCCCAUUUUCAUUCUUAAUUUCUUAACUAACUCAUCAACAUGUUUUUUGAAAAAUAGCUUUUCAUCAAUCCAGAUACCCAGAUAUUUAUAAGCGGGACACGAUCAGUGUGGGACACGAUCAGUGUGGGCACCAUCCAAUGUACAUAUACAUAAAUCAUAAGAUACAUUUAGGAAAAUAACAUAUACUUAGUUUGACCUGCAUUAAAUACCAAUUUCAGUUCAACAAAGGCUUUCUGUAAAGUAAAAAAGGCUGAUUGUAGUUCUGAAAGAGCCUUGUCAGCAGAAGGGGCAACAGAAUACACAACAUAUAGUCCACAUACAAGUGGAGGUCACAAUUUCUUAUAGACAAACCAAUAUUGUUUAUAUAGAAACUGAAAAUGUCAUGGAAUAUCAAGGAAACCUGACUUAACACCAUCAGAAGAAACACAUUGUGUCUGUCAGGUAGUUUUCAAACCAGAUGCAGGCUGCCUGACCAGGCCAAUUUCAGACAGUCUAUGAAUUAAUAAUGAAUGGUCAACAUUGUUGAAAGCCUUCCACAGGUCUAUGAAAAGGGCAGCCCACUGCCUUCUGUCCAUGCUAUUUACAAUGUCAUUAACCAUCAAAGAAGCCAUUACCUGGCCUGGAACCACUAGAACACAAUUAGAGGACAUUUUGAAGCUAGAAAAGAUCUAAGCUGAGUGUUGAUUGAAGAUUCUAAAAUGUUCGCUAGGCGAGACAGUUCAGAGAUCAGGUGAUAAUUAUUCAUGUCAGAGGGGUCACCCCCUUUUUAGAGGGGGAGCACAUGGGCAGCCUUCCAGAAACCUGAGUGGAUUUAAAUCAGUGGAUUUUAGUAUUUUCAAAUACAUGCCAAUAUUCAAAAAAAUAAUAUUUGAAUACUUACUUUGAAAUGUAUGUGAAAGUAAUUAGAGAUAUUUGAAAUAGUAUUUGAACCCAGGUCUGUGGUGUGCAGGGUAAACACUGUCUGCUGGAGGCUGAUGUGAGCUGUGUUAAAGAUCUGCUGAGGAGAGAGAUCUACCCCAUCAUCAUCCACAUCAAGAUCUGUGACAAGAACAUCAGGAAGCUAAGGUACCCUAACCUCUAACCCCUAACCUCUAACCCCAUCAUCAUCCACAUCAAGGUCUGUGACAAGAACAUCAGGAAGCUAAGGUACCCUGACCUCUGUCUCCUACAGGAAGCUGCCCCUGCGUGUGGACAGUGAGGAGGAGUUUGUCAGAGUGUGUCGGAGCAGAGAGAGAGAGCUGGAGAGUGUUCCUAACCCCUGGUCUCUGUCCCUACAGGAAGCUGCCCCUGCGUGUGGACAGUGAGGAGGAGUUUGUCAGAGUGUGUCGGAGCAGAGAGAGAGAGCUGGAGAGUGUUCCUAACCCCUGGUCUCUGUCCCCUACAGGAAGCUGCCCCUGCGUGUGGACAGUGAGGAGGAGUUUGUCAGAGUGUGUCGGAGCAGAGAGAGAGAGCUGGAGAGGGCUCCGUGUCUCUAUGUGUGUCUGGAGCCUGAGGAAUGGACGGGGCCUGAUGACCUCAUCAGAGUGGUGAAAGACAGAAUUCAGGAGGAACAGAGGAAGACUGUCUGGGUGGAGCAAGACCUGCUGUAA